GCCUUCGUGAAGGAAAAGUUUCCAAAUCAGCUGUAGCUGAGGCAGGGGAGUGUAUUCUGGAGGUUAAAUGGGAGGCUUCCCGUGUGUCUCUCCAGUGAAACAAUUACUAGUAUGUAUAAGAGUGUAGCAGGCAAUAAGAUUCUCAACAUACGCCCCUUCUGUACCAAGCACCAACUCUGUCGCAAACUUGUCCAGGAUGAAGGUGGGAUGUUAUCGCAACAAUCUGACAGCUUAAACACAAACCCGAACAGAAGACGUCCACCAAUCCACAACCUCCAAGACUGGAUCCCGUCUCCGACCGAGAACAUCGAGGGUCAUGGCCCAUCCCAGCCGAGGAAGCUCGACUAGCUCUGGACGAGUGCCGCCUCACCCACCAGGUUCCACCCUGGACAGGCUAGCUCGAGAUUAUGGCACCGUGUACCAUUCAACAGAGGAGGCCGAGCUUGACCAACGACGAUAUUUGUGCUGCUCAGAGGAACCGCCCCAGGAUUUCCAAGUCGAUUUGUGUCCACGCACCUGGUUCAACUUGACUCAGAGCAAUGGGUUUUGCCACGGAUUGUGGAAGUUGACAUUCAUGCUGUUUUGCAUUCCUUGUUGUUAUCCUUGCUAUCUCACACGGCAAUGCCGUCGCAGGGCGAAGCGGGUCCAAGGCGGCGAGAACUUCCAACGUGCCGAACUCGGUUCCACCAUUCCAAGGAGUUCCCAACGCCACGGAUCCCCUGAGAAGAUCGUGGUCACGAAGGCCAAUAAGAUCGAUGCUUCCCCUACAAAUUCCUCGUGAAGUCCACUCUCGGUCUCCGUAAACCUACCUGCCUUCAUCCAUCGCCACUCAUAACAUUUUACUCAAGCAAUCUAGAUAACCAACUAGUGAUAGUGAUUGCUUGCCAGCUUGUUUACAUUUAUUUAGUAACUUUCCUUGCCAUAGCCUGUGAUAUUGUUGAAAUGAAUCUCCGUAACAUAUA